CUGUACCUAAAAAGGCAUUGCUUACAGGCGGUUUUAAAAUACAAGUUAACAAUUGGUUUUGGAUAAUCAUUGAUAAAGAUCACAGUAUUUACUUUAUAAACAGUUUAAAAUGGAACAUGAAGAUGUGACACCACAGUCGCCUAUCACUAAUCCAAUAGACCUAAACGAUGAUAGUAAUGAUACGAUCAUAAAACCAAGUAAAAACCAGCUGAAAAAACAACGAAAACGAGAAAAGUGGCUUGCAAUUAAAAAAGAAAAAAGACAUGAGGCAUAGCAGAAAAGAAAACGUCGUCUAGCAGAGUUGAGAGAAAAGGGAGAAGACAUAGGACCAAAUAGAAAAAGAUUGAAGUCAAAUACAAUGAAAAAUUCAUCAUGUAAAAUUCGGGUUGUGAUUGACCUUUCUUUUGAUGAUCAUAUGACAGAAAAUGAUGUGAAUUCCUUGACGUGUCAACUACAACACAGUUAUUCUACCAAUCGAAGAGCUCAAAAUCCAUUGCAGUUAUAUUUGUGUGGAUUAAGUGGAAAAACUAAAGAGCGCCUGGACAGCAUAGGAGACUAUAAAGGAUGGGAUGUCCACAAAGAAAUCCAGCAUUAUGAAGAAGUUUUUCCCAAAUCUAGUCUGGUUUACUUGUCAAGUGAGUCACCUACUGUUUUGACAUCACUAUCCGAUGACAAAGUCUACAUCAUUGGUGGCUUGGUAGAUCACAACAAGGGUUUAUGUCUUAAGAUUGCUGAAGAGAAAGGCAUAGCACAUGCACAGCUUCCCAUUUCUGACUAUCUUAAUAUGAAGACACGCAAGGUUCUUGCUAUAAACCAUGUUUUUUCUAUCUUAUUGCGGUACACAGAGAGUAAAGACUGGAAGGAAGCUUUUCUUGCUGAAAUGCCUCAAAGAAAACAAGCGUAUCUAAAGGACGGAAGUUAACCAGAGCAGGAAUGCCAUGCAUCUUCAUCUACUGAAGAGAAACCUGCCGACAUAAUACAAGAAGACCGAAUUGAAAAUAAAGGGAAUGAAGAAAUAUCUGGUCAUUCAAGGGAUGUAACAGACAUUGAAAAAAGGAGGUGGAUUCUUGUGAAUGUUUAAAAGACAAUAGUAUUGAUAUUAACUCUAAAACAGAAGUGCUUGAAAUGGGAGAGAAUACAACUAGAUGAUCUGAGUAAUGGCAAUAGAUGUUAGUAUUUGUAAAUAAUGUGUUUCAUUUGUUCAUUUUUAUCUAUGAAGUAAUUUUAAACUAUCAAUAUUCAUUUUUUAACUUGAAUCUAAUUAGCUAUGAAUCAAAACACAAACACUUGAAAUAUGUUAUCCAAACUUUUGUUUUUAAAUAACAAACAACAAGCUUGAUACAGAGUUUUUAUUUUUAUUCACUGUUUUAAUAAAAUUGAUGAUAAAGCAAAGAAAAACAUAUAUAAAGGUCAAGUUUUAAUACUGGCAUUUGUUGAUAAACUUAGUUGAUAUACAUUUUUUAACACAGAAGGAUAUCACAGAUACUGGUAACUCUUUAAUUAAAAAAAAACACAUGUAUAUUAUUUUUUUAUUUGAAAUAAAUACAUUUUUGAGA